AUGGAAACAUCCAUCCCUUACGAUUCCAAGAUGGUUGCUUUAUUGGUUAUCGAUAUGCAGGAAUCACUUCGUAACGAGGUUAUCGAUAUUAUUCCAAACGUGCAAUCAAUUGUCAAAACUUGCCACGAAAAAGAUAUUCCCGUUUUUUGGACCCAACAUGGUCACAGAAAUCUCAAAUUUGAUGGUGGUGCAGUGGGACGAUGGUGGGGAGAUGGUAGUAUAAAAUGGGGUUCUAAGGAAUGGGAAAUUUUGAGAGAAUUACAGCCGUUCGUUUCGCGAUCUUCAACCUCAGUCGAUAUUCUUGAUUUCGUUAUCAAAGAUAAGACACGUUAUGAUGCCUUUUACAAUACUGAACUAGGUUCCUUACUUGUCUCUCUUGGUAUCGAGACACUCAUCAUUUGCGGUGCAGAGACAAAUCUAUGUUGUGAAGCAACUGCGAGAAGUGGUUUUGACCGAGAUUAUAAUAUCAUUUUCCUUAAAGAUGCAACUAUCACAGAGAACAAAGAGAUGCAUGAGGCCACCUUACUGAACUUGGAAUACGGAUUGGCAAAAAUUGCCACCGUCACCGAGGCUAUUGAAUGGCUCGACAAACAUUAA